ACACAAUAAAAUAUUUUAGUCGUUAUUACUUUUUUGUGUUUGAUACAAUAAUAUUACAUAUUUAAAUAUGUCAUUGAUGAAUGAUGAUAUUUUUUUUUUCAAAUUCACGUACAGGUUAUUAACAGCUACAUGGAUAACUUUAUAAUUGUAUUUAACAUGCUAUACUUAUUGACCAUGAUAAGUACUAAACCGUUGUUGUAUAUUUCUGGUCCGUCAUAAGAAGAUCCGCCUGCAGCAACGAUGAAGUGGUUGGCAUUAUUACAACCUUAUAGGUUUGUAAAAUCAUAUUUGGUUUUAAUUGUAUUCCUGAUUGGAGUAUUAUGCUGCAUCCUAUUGCCAAUAUUUUGGCCGUUCGUUCUACAUGAUCACAGUGAACAUAAAGAUUUGAUUGUGAGGCGCCCUUUUUCAAUUGUCGAUUUCGACUAUCACGAAUUGGUCGAUACGGGUAAAGAAGUCCAUGAAUUAAUCAUCAGAGAAUCAACUGUGGAUGUUGUUUCUGACCAAGACAAUGUUGAAGCACUGAUAUCACUAAUUGCUGCUAAUGAAAUGAAAUUGGAAGGUAAAACCCAAAAAGCAAUGAAACUUAUAGAACACGGGAUAGCACUUUCUCCGAGAAAUCCCGAUUUGUUAAAUGGCUACGGAGAGAUUAUUGAAGAGUUACAGAAAGAUGUUGUAAAAGCUGAUCAAAUGUAUUUUCAGGCACUUGUACAUAGUCCAAAACAUAAAGGAGCGUUGCGAAAUCGUAAGAGAACCGAACUAAUUGUUGAUGAUUUAGAUUGGCAACAACUUAAACGUAUUGAUGAAAAAAGAGACAAAGUGGCAUCUAUAUCUGAAUCAAAUAGUGCUUUAAGACGAGCAAAAAAAGAAGCAUAUUUUCAACACAUUUAUCACACCGUUGGUAUUGAAGGAAAUAGAAUGUCUUUAUCAGAAACAAGAUCAAUAUUAGAAACUAGAAUGGCCAUAGGUGGAAGAAGUCUUGCCGAACAUAAUGAAAUAAUAGGUCUUGAAGCCGCUCUCAAGUACAUUAAUGCCACAUUAAUCAAUCAGUUUGGACGUAUAGCAGUCGACGAUAUUUUAGAAAUUCAUAAAAGAGUUAUGGCAUUUGUCGACCCUUUUGAAAGUGGAGUUUUCCGUCAUACUCAAGUUUUUGUUGGUGGUCAUAUUCCUCCGGGUCCAUCACAUAUUUUGGCACUAAUGGAAAAUUUUUCGAAAUGGCUGAAUUCCGACACCGCUCUUCGAUUACAUCCUGUUAGAUAUGCUGCAUUGGCACAUUAUAAAUUAGUGCAUAUACAUCCGUUCACCGAUGGCAAUGGACGUACCUCGCGACUCCUCAUGAACAUGAUUUUAAUGCAAGCUGGUUAUCCUCCUGUCAUAAUUCCAAAAGGAGAAAGACACAAGUAUUAUCGAAAUUUGGACCUUGCUAACAAAGGUGACAUUAGGCCGUUUAUGAGAUUCAUUGCAGAAUGUACUGAAAAAACACUAAACCAAUUUUUAUUAUCGACAUCAACAGAAUUUACUACUGACAUUCCGGAAUUAGAUUACGAUAAUAUUAUUUUAAACUAAUAUCUAAAACCCUUUUUUUAUUUUACCAAUUAUUUGUUGUAUUUUUUUGUUAUCUUAUAUCUUCACUGUUUUUGUAUAAUGUCAAAUAUUCUAGUAUUUACUAUUUUAUUAUUAUUGUUUUAGAUGUAUUAUUAUGCCUCAAACUAUUGCCAAUUGCCUGUGAUAUUAAGUUAUUCAGUGUUUACCAUUU